CCUUUACAUUCUGGGCAGUGAUUGACAGAUUUGUGCCUGGCCCAGUGAUCCCCCCACCUGACGCUGCAGCAGAGGAGCUCGAGUCGGAGCCGCAGCGCUGCUGCAGAAUCGCAAGGAAUGAUCGUGGAUGUGUAGAAUGGUUGUAAGCUUCUUGCAAAGGAUGUGCUGCUGCUGCUCCCCUGCUGCUUGUUGGCGCCUGCGCACUGGGCCUGCGUUGCUCGCUCUCUUCUCGCCUCCCCCUCCCUCGCCUUCUCUCUCACACUCUAUCGCUCCCUCCCUCUCUCUCUUCUAUGCUUCUCUCUCUCUGUUCCUGCCGGUUUGGUGCUGAGGUUGGGCUGAUGGCAGCGGAACAGCGCGGCUAGAGAGCAUCCCAGCCUCUCCCGGACAGACAGCUCGUUACCAGGCAGCAGCUGCAGCAACUCCCCCAUCCAAAGCCAGUGGCCACUCUGGACAUUGCUGAGAUGAGAAAGAGGCAGCAGGCACAAAAUGAAGAAAUCUCGACAGUGUCUCAAGCUCCUGGUGGGAAUCAAAGGCCGAACACAUGCUGCUUUUGUUGGUGCUGUUGUUGCAGCUGCUCAUGGUAUGUCAUGCAGUCUAUUUGGUACCAUAUCCGUCGCAGCCUCACUGUUAGGAAUGAAGAAAGAGGGGAGCAUGCAGGACGACCGACACAUACAACAAAAAUGGAGAAUAUACAGGUUGAAGAAGAAAGCCAAAUUCCUACUGCCGAAGAAAUUUUGUCCUGGUCCCACAAUUUUGACAAAAUGAUGAGUAGCCCAGCAGGACGAAACCUCUUCCGAGAAUUUUUACGUACAGAAUAUAGUGAAGAAAAUCUUUUAUUCUGGUUAGCAUGUGAAGACUUAAAGAAUGAACAAAACAAAAAAAUAGUUGAAGAUAAAGCUAGAAAUAUUUAUGAAGAUUAUAUCUCUAUACUUUCACCAAAAGAGGUCAGCCUAGACUCUAGAGUGCGUGAAGUGAUCAACCGAAAUCUGCUGGAUCCUACCCCUCACAUGUAUGAAGAUGCCCAGCUUCAAAUAUACACGUUGAUGCACAGAGACUCUUUUCCAAGGUUUUUGAACUCACAAGUCUUUAAGUCUCUUCUCGAAAAUACAGAAGGCUCAAUCUCUGAAUCUUAGCUGACACGUUUGGAUAACAUAUCUGUUUGUUUUUUCUUAGAAGAACAAAUAUGUAGUUUAUUAACACCAGACACUGAGUUCCUGGAGAACUCCAGUUGUGCACUACUCAGGCUACUGUGAAGAAUAACUGUAACAAAAAAAAAUAAGAUUGUUUGGUCUCCGUCUCCAUUUUUACAAGCUCUUCAUCUUUGAGUUUGAAAAACAGCAACACUGGAAUUGCCACAUAUGUUUUCUAUGCCAUUUACUUGAGUAUAUCAUUCCAAUGAUAUAUAGGGCGGACUGUGAACAGACUCCUUGUUUUAUUUCAUGUUGCAUGUGCAAGGGUAAUAGCUGUCCUCAACACACCAAUUAAUUGUUGCAAUAUAUAGCCAAUUGCAUUCACUUUGUAGUUACUAACAUUUUAUGUGCAAUACAGUAUUACGUUAAGAUUUUGAAAUGAAACCUUGGCUUGAUUUGUAUUCCUUCCGAUGGGCAUUUUAGGGAUAAUUCAAUUUUACACUGAAUGGCGUUUUACAGUGGUAAAAAAGAGUGGAUACUCACAAGCCAAUACACAAGUAAAGCCGAUUAUCCUUACGGGGAGGAAAUUCAAGUGGAAUUUCCACAGAUGUUCACUGCCAAACCGUGGCUCUCUUAUAUUUUUAUUAAUGCGUUUGCAAUGUCAAAUAAGCACAAGCAAUUUAAAGGAUACCUUGUAUGGACGACCAAAUAUUUCAGCUGAUAUUGUUUAUUGUUCUAGCAAAAAAAAAUUCGAAUGAAAAAAAACAAAAAACAUAUUUAUGUACAUUGUAAAUGUAAGUAAAACUGGGCAACCAGUUUUAACAUUGUUGUCUAGCAUAUUAUGUAUUUCAGCAAAAAAAGAAAAUACAAUAAAAAAAGAUUUAUACUUUAAUAUUUCGAGAAAAAUAUAAGUGAAAAACGUUUACCUAUAUGUAGCAUUUGAAAAUCUUUUUGAUGACGCAUAUGUCUUUUAUUAUGGCUGAAGGAGGACUACUUUUUUUGGACAAAGAGACUCGUUCUUUGAUUAAAAAUAGCUACUUUAAAAAAAAGUCAAAUAUCAAUCCUUCUACACAUUUCUAAACAUUCUUAUUAACAAGGAUCUGUAGAACCAGCAUUACAACCAAACUUUAUUGUUCAUAUGGCUUUAGUUCAUCUAGAUUUUGUUUUUAGUUUUAAAAUUGCUUUGAGUAUAUAUGUAUAUAUAAUAUAUAUAUACACACAACAAAUAUCUCCUUUGUCUUUAUGAAAAGCAGAAUGUGUUAAAAUAUUAUCACAUCUUGCCAGAUCUAACAUCAACCACAGGACAAUAAAAAUGCUUGUUAAAGCUUAAACUGCAUGAUUUUGGGAGAGGCAAAUCUAGCCUAAUUCUUGUUACGAUUUUAAUUUAAAAUUCUUGUUACGAUUUUAAUUUAAAAUUCUUGUUACGAUUUU